CACUAGAAAUGGCUGCCGCAUGAAAAAAUAAACGUUUUCAUUUUGCGAACCGGAAAAAUUGUAAAUUGUGGUUGAAGAAACAUAUUAAAAGUGCAAAAUAGGUAUUAAAGGAUAAGUACAGCGGAACCAUGUCCAUUCCGCCGUACAUGAUACCGCAGAAUGCGUGGGCGGCCCAGCUGAUGGCCCAGCAGGCGUACGCUGCGGCUCACGCUCAGCAGGCUCAACUGCACGCCCAGCAGCAAAUGGCAAAUCAGAUCCAGCAGAUCCCGCCACCAGGAGCUCCUAUACCCCCGCCUAGUGGUCACUCCAAUGGGAUUCCCAUUCCGGCAGGUGGUCAAGGUCCCGGAUUGGGUCAGAUUCCAACUCCAAAACCGGACAUUCUUACCGAGGAGAAGUUGCAGGAGAAGGCCCUUAAAUGGCAGCAUCUGCAGUCCAAGCGAUUUGCUGAAAAGCGCAAAUUCGGUUUUGUCGACACCCAGAAAGAGGACAUGCCGCCGGAGCAUAUCCGGAAGAUCAUACGCGACCACGGAGACAUGACCUCCCGCAAAUAUCGGCACGACAAACGAGUCUAUCUGGGCGCCUUAAAGUACAUGCCACAUGCAGUGCUCAAGCUGCUGGAGAACAUGCCAAUGCCUUGGGAGCAGAUUCGGGAUGUCCAGGUGUUGUACCACAUCACGGGAGCCAUUACCUUUGUCAAUGAGAUUCCGUGGGUCAUUGAGCCCGUCUACAUUGCCCAAUGGGGAACAAUGUGGAUUAUGAUGCGGCGUGAAAAGCGAGAUCGUCGGCACUUCAAGCGAAUGAGAUUCCCGCCUUUUGAUGAUGAGGAGCCGCCAUUAGACUAUGCGGACAACGUUCUCGAUGUGGAGCCCUUGGAGGCCAUCCAAAUCGAGCUGGACAAUGAUGAAGACAAUGCCGUGUACAAAUGGUUUUACGACCAUCGUCCUUUAGUGGAUACUCAGUUUGUAAACGGCACAACAUACCGCAAGUGGAAUCUUUCCCUGCCCCAACUGGCCACGCUGUAUCGACUGGCCAAUCAAUUGCUCACUGACUUGGUGGACAACAACUUCUUUUAUUUAUUUGACCCCAAAAGUUUUUUCACAGCCAAGGCUUUAAAUAUGGCUAUUCCAGGUGGUCCCAAAUUUGAGCCUCUUAUUAAAGACCACAAUGUUGGGGAUGAGGACUGGAACGAAUUUAACGACAUUAAUAAAGUCAUUAUUCGGCAGCCCAUUCGCACGGAAUAUCGAAUUGCGUUUCCCUACUUGUACAACAAUAUGCCGCACUUUGUACAUCUGAGCUGGUAUCACACUCCCAACGUGGUCUACAUCAAGACCGAAGAUCCUGAUUUGCCCGCAUUCUACUUUGAUCCACUUAUCAAUCCCAUAUCCCAUCGUAAUGCAAACUCCAAAGUGCAGGAGCCACUGCCGGAUGAUGAUGAGGACUUUACGCUUCCGGACGAUGUGCAGCCGUUCCUGCAGGACACUCCCCUGUAUACUGACAAUACCGCGAACGGCAUUGCUUUGUUGUGGGCACCUCGCCCCUUCAACAUGCGCUCUGGUCGCUCCCGUCGUGCGAUUGAUGUGCCACUGGUCAAGUGCUGGUACAAGGAGCACUGUCCGCCUGGUCAUCCGGUCAAGGUGCGCGUCAGCUACCAAAAAUUGCUGAAAUACUAUGUGCUUAAUGCACUGAAACACCGAAAGCCAAAGCCGCAGAAGAAACGCUACCUCUUCCGUUCGUUUAAGGCGACCAAAUUCUUCCAAACUACCACUUUAGAUUGGGUGGAGGCUGGAUUACAGGUUUGCCGUCAGGGAUACAACAUGCUGAACCUCUUGAUUCAUCGAAAGAAUCUUAACUACUUGCAUUUGGAUUACAAUUUCAACUUGAAACCCGUAAAAACUUUGACCACUAAAGAGCGUAAAAAGUCACGUUUCGGAAAUGCUUUUCAUUUGUGCCGUGAGAUCCUGCGUCUGACCAAGCUAAUCAUUGACUCGCAUGUUCAGUAUCGGCUUAACAAUGUUGAUGCCUUUCAGUUGGCCGACGGACUGCAGUACAUAUUUGCCCAUGUUGGCCAGCUGACUGGCAUGUAUCGCUACAAAUACAAGCUAAUGAGGCAGAUUCGAAUGUGUAAGGAUUUGAAGCAUUUGAUCUACUACCGCUUCAACACAGGUCCUGUGGGCAAAGGACCAGGAUGUGGAUUCUGGGCGCCUGGAUGGCGAGUCUGGCUGUUCUUUAUGCGUGGCAUUACACCUUUGCUAGAACGUUGGCUUGGCAAUCUGCUGUCGCGUCAGUUUGAAGGACGACACUCGAAGGGUGUUGCCAAAACGGUGACCAAGCAACGUGUCGAAUCCCACUUCGAUUUAGAGUUGCGUGCAUCCGUUAUGCACGACAUUGUGGACAUGAUGCCAGAGGGUAUCAAACAAAACAAGGCGCGUACCAUUUUGCAGCAUCUGUCGGAGGCAUGGCGUUGCUGGAAGGCGAACAUUCCGUGGAAGGUGCCCGGUCUUCCUAUUCCUAUUGAGAAUAUGAUCCUGCGUUACGUAAAGAUGAAGGCCGACUGGUGGACAAACACGGCCCACUAUAAUCGAGAACGAAUUCGACGAGGAGCCACUGUGGACAAGACUGUUUGCAAGAAGAAUCUGGGGCGAUUGACACGUCUUUACCUGAAGGCGGAGCAAGAGAGGCAGCACAACUAUUUGAAGGAUGGUCCAUACAUCUCCCCGGAGGAGGCUGUGGCUAUAUACACAACCACCGUCCAUUGGUUGGAGUCACGUCGUUUUGCGCCUAUUCCCUUCCCUCCACUGUCGUACAAACACGACACCAAGCUGCUUAUCCUUGCUCUUGAGCGGUUAAAGGAGGCUUACAGCGUGAAGUCCAGAUUAAAUCAAAGUCAACGCGAGGAGCUCGGACUCAUUGAACAAGCCUAUGACAAUCCUCACGAGGCCUUGUCCCGUAUAAAGCGUCAUUUGCUUACGCAGCGAGCAUUUAAAGAGGUCGGAAUUGAGUUUAUGGACUUAUACAGUCAUUUGAUACCUGUAUAUGAGGUAGAACCGUUGGAAAAGAUUACGGACGCAUAUCUGGAUCAAUAUUUGUGGUAUGAAGCAGAUAAGCGGCGACUGUUUCCUCCAUGGAUCAAGCCCAGCGAUACAGAGCCCCCACCAUUAUUGGCCUACAAGUGGUGUCAAGGUAUCAACAACCUGCAGGAUGUUUGGGAUGUGGGCGAGGGAGAGUGCAAUGUUCUGCUGGAGUCUCGAUUUGAAAAGCUCUACGAGAAAAUUGACUUGACAUUACUUAACCGUUUGCUUCGUCUGAUUGUCGAUCACAAUAUCGCUGAUUACAUGACGGCCAAGAACAAUGUGGUAAUCAACUACAAGGACAUGAACCACACCAACAGCUAUGGUAUCAUCCGAGGCCUGCAGUUCUCAUCGUUCAUCACACAGUACUAUGGUUUGGUGUUGGAUCUCCUCGUUUUGGGUCUUCAUCGAUCCAGCGAAAUGGCUGGUCCUCCACAAAUGCCAAACGAUUUCUUGACGUUCCAGGACGCAGUCACGGAAACGGCACAUCCGAUUCGACUGUAUUGUCGCUAUGUCGAUCGCAUUCACCUGUUCUUUAGGUUCACGGCGGAGGAGGCGCGAGAUCUUAUCCAGCGCUAUUUAACCGAACAUCCGGAUCCGAACAACGAAAACAUUGUGGGCUACAAUAACAAAAAGUGCUGGCCACGCGAUGCUCGUAUGCGUUUGAUGAAGCACGAUGUCAAUCUGGGUCGUGCUGUCUUCUGGGAUAUUAAAAACCGCCUGCCACGUUCUGUUACAACCAUUGGUUGGGAGAGUACCUUUGUCUCAGUGUAUUCCAAGGAUAACCCCAAUCUGCUGUUUAACAUGAGUGGAUUUGAGUGCCGCAUUUUGCCAAAGUGUCGCACCCAGAAUGAAGAGUUUACCCAUCGUGAUGGCGUUUGGAACUUACAGAACGAAAUUACAAAGGAGCGAACGGCUCAGUGCUUCCUGCGGGUUGAUGAUGAGUCUCUUGGACGCUUCCAUAAUCGUGUCCGCCAGAUCCUGAUGGCUUCCGGAUCCACUACAUUUACAAAGAUCGUAAACAAAUGGAACACAGCGCUAAUUGGAUUGAUGACCUACUUCCGCGAGGCUGUGGUCAACACCCAAGAACUGCUAGAUUUACUGGUCAAGUGCGAGAACAAAAUUCAGACCCGUAUCAAGAUUGGUCUCAACUCUAAAAUGCCUUCCCGUUUCCCGCCCGUUGUGUUUUAUACACCAAAGGAACUGGGCGGUUUGGGAAUGUUGAGUAUGGGUCACGUUUUGAUUCCGCAAUCCGAUCUGCGUUGGUCCAAGCAAACAGAUGUGGGCAUCACUCAUUUCCGCUCCGGUAUGUCGCACGAUGAGGACCAGCUUAUUCCCAAUUUGUAUCGGUACAUUCAGCCUUGGGAAAGUGAGUUUAUCGACUCACAACGUGUGUGGGCGGAAUAUGCAUUGAAGCGUCAAGAGGCGAAUGCCCAGAACCGCAGGCUAACUCUGGAGGAUUUGGAGGACAGCUGGGAUCGCGGUAUUCCGCGUAUCAACACACUCUUCCAGAAGGAUCGUCACACGCUGGCUUACGACAAGGGUUGGCGUAUUCGAACGGAGUUCAAGCAGUACCAGGUCCUCAAGCAAAAUCCAUUCUGGUGGACUCACCAGCGGCACGAUGGCAAGCUGUGGAACUUAAACAACUACCGCACGGACAUGAUCCAGGCGUUGGGAGGAGUGGAGGGCAUUCUGGAGCACACAUUGUUCAAGGGAACUUACUUCCCCACGUGGGAAGGUCUUUUCUGGGAGAAGGCCUCAGGAUUUGAAGAGUCGAUGAAGUACAAGAAGCUGACCAAUGCUCAGCGAUCUGGUCUCAAUCAGAUUCCGAAUCGACGAUUCACACUUUGGUGGUCACCGACUAUCAAUCGUGCAAAUGUGUACGUCGGUUUCCAAGUCCAGCUGGAUCUGACGGGUAUUUUUAUGCACGGCAAGAUUCCCACACUAAAGAUCUCGCUGAUUCAGAUCUUCAGAGCUCAUUUGUGGCAAAAGAUUCACGAGUCUAUUGUGAUGGAUCUGUGUCAGGUAUUCGAUCAAGAACUGGACGCUCUAGAGAUCGAGACGGUGCAGAAGGAGACCAUCCAUCCGCGUAAGUCCUACAAGAUGAACUCCUCGUGUGCGGACAUUCUGCUUUUCCCCGCCUACAAGUGGAAUGUGUCGCGGCCAUCACUGCUGGCAGAUACAAAGGACACCAUGGACAACACCACCACCCAGAAGUAUUGGUUGGAUAUCCAGUUGCGUUGGGGCGAUUAUGAUUCGCACGAUGUGGAGCGAUACGCUAGGGCUAAGUUCCUCGAUUACACUACGGACAACAUGUCCAUCUAUCCAUCGCCCACGGGCGUGUUGAUAGCUAUCGAUCUGGCCUACAAUCUGCAUUCUGCUUACGGCAACUGGUUCCCUGGAUGCAAGACCCUCAUCCAACAAGCCAUGGCCAAAAUCAUGAAGGCGAAUCCAGCACUCUAUGUGUUGCGUGAACGCAUUCGCAAAGCUCUGCAGCUUUACUCCUCAGAACCAACGGAACCUUACCUUAGUUCACAGAACUACGGAGAGUUGUUCUCUAACCAGAUUAUCUGGUUUGUGGAUGACACUAAUGUAUAUCGCGUAACUAUCCACAAGACAUUUGAAGGAAAUCUGACAACGAAACCAAUUAACGGAGCCAUCUUCAUCUUUAAUCCCCGAACGGGUCAGCUCUUCCUGAAGAUCAUUCACACAUCUGUGUGGGCAGGUCAGAAACGUCUGGGCCAGUUGGCCAAGUGGAAAACUGCUGAAGAAGUAGCAGCUUUGAUUCGAUCGUUGCCGGUAGAGGAACAGCCCAAACAAAUCAUUGUGACGCGAAAGGGUAUGUUGGAUCCAUUGGAGGUGCACUUGCUCGACUUUCCCAAUAUUGUAAUUAAGGGGUCUGAGCUGCAGUUGCCCUUCCAGGCGUGUCUCAAAGUUGAGAAGUUUGGUGACUUGAUCCUUAAGGCCACCGAGCCCCAAAUGGUGCUCUUCAACCUGUACGACGAUUGGUUAAAGACCAUUUCAUCGUACACGGCCUUCAGUCGUCUUAUCCUGAUUUUGCGCGCUCUCCACGUCAAUACGGAGAGGACAAAGAUCAUACUGAAGCCGGACAAAACCACCAUCACUGAGGCCCAUCAUAUUUGGCCCACACUGACAGAUGAGGAGUGGAUCAAGGUGGAGGUGCAGCUGAAGGACCUCAUUCUGGCCGAUUACGGAAAGAAGAACAACGUCAAUGUGGCUUCGCUGACUCAGUCCGAGAUCCGUGACAUCAUUCUCGGUAUGGAAAUCAGCGCUCCAUCGGCGCAGCGCCAACAGAUUGCCGAGAUCGAGAAGCAGACCAAGGAGCAGAAUCAACUUACGGCCACCACCACUCGUACCACGAACAAGCACGGUGACGAGAUCAUUACCUCCACUACGUCCAAUUACGAAACACAGACGUUCAGCUCAAAGACAGAAUGGCGAGUGAGAGCAAUCUCCGCCACCAAUUUACACCUGCGAACGAACCAUAUCUACGUAAGCUCGGACGACAUCAAGGAGACCGGCUACACCUACAUUCUGCCCAAGAACAUACUCAAAAAGUUUGUCACGAUCUCGGAUCUGCGAGCUCAGAUUGCUGGCUACUUGUAUGGCGUGAGUCCACCGGACAAUCCGCAGGUGAAGGAGAUUCGCUGUAUCGUAAUGCCGCCGCAGUGGGGCACCCACCAAACGAUUAACCUGCCCAAUACCCUGCCAACGCAUCAGUAUCUCAAAGACAUGGAGCCACUGGGCUGGAUUCAUACUCAGCCUAACGAGUUGCCGCAAUUGUCGCCGCAGGACAUUACCACUCACGCAAAGAUCAUGCAGGAGAACUCUAACUGGGAUGGUGAGAAGACGAUCGUAAUCACAUGCUCCUUUACUCCCGGAUCCUGCUCGCUCACAGCCUACAAGCUGACACCUUCAGGCUUCGAAUGGGGCUCAAAGAACACUGACAAGGGCAACAAUCCUAAGGGCUACCUGCCGUCGCACUACGAACGCGUUCAGAUGUUGCUUUCGAACAAGUUCCUCGGAUUCUUCAUGGUGCCGGCGCAGAGCAGUUGGAACUAUAAUUUCAUGGGCGUGCGCCAUGAUCCCAACAUGAAGUACGAACUCCAGCUGGCCAACCCGAAGGAGUUCUACCACGAGCUUCACCGCACUUCUCACUUCCUGCUCUUCUCGAAUCUCGAGGACGCUGGUGAUGGCGCUGGUGCAGAUCGUGAGGAUGUGUACGCGUAGGAGGUGCAGAUCUGGAGUCUUAGGUUUUUCGUUUUAGUGCAUACAAACAAUUUUAUAAGCGUGUUUUCAAAAUGCUAGCAUCUAGGUACAUUUUGUAAUAAAAACCAUUCUUUUCCCAACAA